UUUUUCAGGAUAUCAUGAUUGAACUUUAUCGUCGGAAUAUCUGGAGAGAUGCAAAAACUGUGAAUGCUAUAGCUACAGCAUGCUUUUCCAAAGUUAACAAAAUACUAGUAGCUGCCCAUCAGUUUUUCUUGGGUGUUGAUAAAGAAGACGACGAAGAAAAGAGCGAUAGCAGUGAGUCUGAAGAUGAUACUCCUACUGUUAGAGAAGUGAUGAAUGCUAAUAAAGUUAAUAAGAAAUCUCGACGAAGAAUGAGAAUUCUCAAGAGAACUAAGCAAGUACUAAAGAAAUCUAAGAAAAAUAAAAACAAAAAAGAAGUUUUUGAUUUUUAUGCAAUACAUCUUUUGCAUGAUCCUCAAGGAAUGGCGGAGAAACUUCUGAAAAUGCUUGAGGGAAUGAAUGAGCGAUAUGAAAUUAAAGUUAUGGUUAUGAAUUUUAUUUCAAGGCUCGUUGGUGUUCACUCACUGAUUUUGUUGAAUUUUUAUCCACUUUUGAUACGUUAUCUGAAACCUCAUCAAAGAGAUGUGACCAAAAUCUUAAUGUUUGCUGCCCAGGCUGCUCAUGAACAAGUACCUCCAGAUGUUAUGGAACCAGUGCUUAAAACUAUAGCUAACAAUUUCAUUACCGAGAGAAAUUCUGCUGAAGUUAUAACUGUCGGUAUCAAUGCAAUCAGGGAGAUUUGUAUUAGAUGUCCUUUUGCCAUAGAUCGAGAUUUACUACACGAUCUAGUUCAGUACAAAAAAUAUAAAAAUAAAAAUGUCAUGAUGGCUGCCCGGUCUUUGAUUCAGUUGUUCCGACGUAUCAACCCUAAUCUCUUACAAAGAAAGUAUCGGAACAAACCUACAGAAGCAAUCAAAGAACUAAAGCCAUUAGAAUAUGGAGCAUUAGAUGCUAAAUCUUAUGUUCCUGGUGCUGAAACAUUGCCUCUUGAGCCUUUAAUAGAGGAUGUAACUGGUGGUGAAGUAGUUGACAGUGAUGAUGACAGUGAAGGUAGCUGGGUUGAUGUUUCUCAUUCGGAAGAUGAAUUGAUGGAUUCUGAUGAAGAAGAGGAUCAAGAUUCUGAAACAGAAGCAAAAGAUGAAGAGAGUUCAUCUACAGUAGAGGAAAAGUCUGAUGAAUGUAAAACUGAUGUAAAUCAAGAUAAGAGUCAGACAACUAGUGAAAAUUCAAAUGUUGAAAAAGAGAAAUCAGAAAACACAGAAUCAAAGACUUCUCAGCCAAGUGUUGAUAAUAAAGAAAAAGCAAUAGCUAUAUCACAAUCUCGUAUCUUAUCGCAGGAAGAAUUCAAGAAAUUAAAAGUUGCUCAAGUUGCAAAGGAACUCCAGUUUGCCAAAGGAAAAAAGAGAAAAGCUGAUAAUGUUAACGUAGCAGACAUUCAAAGAAGAGAACUUGUAUCUCUGAAAGAUAUUGAAAAAUUACACAAAAGGCCCAAGCCAGACAAAGAAACCAGAUUAGCGACUGUGCUGGAGGGAAGAGAAGGCAGAGAGAAAUUUGGAAAGAAAAAAAACAAAAGUCCUUUCUCAAGCAAAACACAGAAGGAACACAAUAAAAAUAAAGCAUUUAUGAUGAUUAAACAUAAAGUGAGAGCAAAAGUCAAGAGAUCUUUUAAAGAUAAGCAGAUUGCUUUAAGAAAUGCACUAUCGAAACGGAAACGAAACAAAUGAAGAAUAGACUACUGAAACACAAAUGUAUCAAAUAAACACAUGUAAGAAAUAUUUUGUAAAUAAAAAAUUUAUAUUGAUGUUUCGUUUAUA